UAACCCUUCAGAAAAUUUUCGGCAGUGAUUUUUGUAUCAUUUGCACAGAAAUAUAGAGAGAAUCUCUCGUGACUAUUUAUGCACGAAAGAGGAAGUUUUGAUUUAGAAAAAGGAAAAAAAGAAAAAGUGAGUUUUUACUUCGUAACAGUUGACCAACCGAGUGUUCUUUGAGAUGUAUCUGAGCUGGUAGUGCUCAUCUGUUCUCUGGUCAAAGGACCAUUUGUUAUUUCACGACAGUCUUUUCUCAGAAAGAGAAGGGUUCUUGGUUUGUCGAGGCUCACAUUCAUCUUCCGGUCUCUUUAUUUUCUUGAAGAUCUAAUUAUCUACGAAGACAUGAAGCUGCUUCUUUUGGUCUUCAGAUUGUCUAAGUAAGCUCAGCCUUGAAAGGUAGGAUUACGGGAUAAACAGAGUGAAGAAUGAUAAAGUUUAGCAGCCAUUUGUGAUGUCCAUAUCUGGAAUUAUAAGUGAAGUAUGAAGAAGAUGAAUUUUCCAAAGCGGUAUAUCAUUGUUUUUUUAACCUUCAUCUGCACUUCUGUUUGCUAUAUAGAACGUGUGGGCUUUUCAAUUGCUUACACAGUAGCUGCUGAUUCUAUGGGGAUUAACCAAUCAAGCAAGGGAACUAUACUUUCUACAUUCUAUUAUGGUUACGCUUGUUCACAGGUUCCUGGAGGAUGGGCAGCCCACAAGAUAGGGGGAAGGCGUGUGCUUCUCCUAUCAUUUCUGUUGUGGUCUCUGACUUGUGCCUUGGUUCCACUAGACCCAAAGCGAGUCAAUAUUUUGGUGAUGGCCCGGUUGCUUGUUGGGGUGGCACAAGGUUUCAUCUUCCCAUCCAUCCACACUGUCCUAGCACAAUGGGUUCCUCCACAUGAGCGAUCACGAUCUGUUUCUCUUACAACUUCUGGCAUGUACCUAGGUGCAGCAGCUGGUAUGCUUCUACUCCCAAGCUUGGUGAAAUUCAAAGGACCCCAAUCAGUAUUUUUGGCUGAAGCUGCACUAGGUGCCAUGUGGUCCCUACUUUGGUUCAAAUAUGCUAGUGACCCACCUCGUUCGGACCAUCCAAAGGCAACAGCUGCUGGUUUUGGGGAGACUUUACUGCCGAUUAAAGGAGGUUUGCAGAAAAUGAAGGUGGAUAAUGGAGUAAGUUUGGUCCGUCCUGUCAAGGUCCCAUGGAAAAGAAUGCUAAUCAGUUUGCCAAUUUGGGCAAUAGUGGUGAAUAACUUCACAUUCCAUUAUGCUUUGUAUGUGCUGAUGAACUGGUUGCCCACAUACUUCAAACAGGGACUCCAUCUUAGUCUUCAGGAUAUGGGUUCUUCCAAAAUGUUUCCCUAUCUCAACAUGUUCAUAUUCUCCAAUAUAGGUGGGGUAGUUGCUGACCACUUGAUCACCAGGAGGAUCAUGUCAGUUACCAGGACCCGUAAAUUCUUGAAUACCAUAGGGUUCAUGGUGGCAUCCCUUGCUUUGAUGGCACUUCCUAUGUUCAAAACCUCUGGUGGUGCAAUCUUUUGUUCCUCAGUGGCCCUUGGUCUCCUUGCCCUGGGAAGAGCUGGGUUUGCAGUGAACCACAUGGAUGUUGCUCCAAGGUAUGCAGGAAUAGUGAUGGGACUUUCCAAUACAGCAGGGACAUUGGCAGGCAUUGUUGGGGUUGGUCUAACAGGGUGGCUUCUAGAAGCUGCUAAAGCUGCCAAUUUGGAUCUUUCAAGUCCAGAAAGCUGGAGAUCAGUGUUCUUCAUUCCAGGGUACCUCUGCAUUUUCAGUUCAGUUGUGUUUCUACUGUUCUCCACUGGAGAGAGAAUUUUUGAAUGAGUGUCAAUCUUCUAGUUUCUGCAUGUUUCUGAAAAAUAUUCAAUGUUUCCUCAAUACUCUGAUUUCAUAGAGGAUCUCUUUUCCCUAGAAAAUUGCAUAUUUAUGGAAAUUCUCUCAUAUAAAUCGGUUUUUCAAUGAAUGAUACAAACUUCUAAUUUGUUA